AUGUCGAGUUUCGAAGCGGGCCGAGAGGUGGCAUUGCCUGAACCCGAGUUCCCAGAGGAUUGGGAGGAUGCCUAUGUUGUUCCUGGUCUUUCUUCAGAAGUUGAGGCUCAGGGUUCACUUUGCGAUAGCCUUGGCAGUGAUGGGCGAUGCUCGCCGGACCCUUCAUGGGGAUCUCGAGAGCAUGGGCCUGCCGGGGCCCAUGGGGAUGAUUUUGCCGUGCUUCUUGAGGAAGGCCAGGAGGUAGGCAGCAGUCGCAGCCGUUCGGAGCGAGCUGACUUCACUUUGCAGCAGGCACAUGCUCACGAUGCCUUGGGUUCUUUUGUGGGAAGCUUGGUGAAGGGCGAUGUUGCAAGGUAUGGGUCGGUGUGCAGCGACCAGAAGCUCCCUUGGGAAAAUGACUUCGCUAGGAGGCUUCUUGAUCCAGAUUGUGAGUGGGACCCCUUGCAAGGGUUCAAGCAAGAAUCUGUGAUCCCGCCACUGUCCGCUGCUGCACCGUCGGAGAGGUUCUCGGAAUUUUGCUCGCUUUAUGAUUGUGUGGUGGAAGGAGUAAAGUCUCCCCACACCAUCCACAAGCGUGCUGCAUCCUUCUGGGCUUUUGUCAGAUGGUUGGAUGUUCAUGAACCCCUCUCCUCGAGCCGACUGCACGAGAUUCAGGUCUGGAACUUCGUACAAUACCUUAAGAGGACUGAAGCGCCUGCUUCGAAGGCGGCUGCAGUGCUGAGUGCAUUCAGGUUUGCUCAUUUCGUGCUUGGGUUUAAAGUUGAGAGCGUCAUUGAGUCCAAGAGGAUUAAAGGUGCCACCGAGCAGCAGCUUGUGAGCCUACGAAAGCUCCGACAGGCGAAGGACCUUACGGUUGCACAGGUGCUUGAGUUGCAUGCGCGGCUGGAGUCCGGCGCUCUUCAUGCUUUCGACAGGGCCUUCCUCGCUUCUCUGCUGAUUAGACUUUAUGCAAGGGCGAGGCCGAGCGAUUUUCUCUUCAUCGAGUCUGUGGAGAUAGAUUGUCCUGCAGGUGCGGAGUAUCCGCUGCUUGUGUUUGAGGUUUCCCAGCAUAAAGGUGCCCGGAAGGUUCAGCUGAAGUCGAGGUUGCUGCCAAUCCUGGUGCCCAUGAUAGGUGUGAAUGGCAAGUGCUGGGCUGGUGAAGCCAUCAGAGCCUUCGCUGAUGCCGGGAGGAUUUUGACUUCAGUCCGAGGCCCACUGACCCUUGCGCCUUCGGACGAGUCAGGCACUGUGCACUCCAGGCGGUCAGUUUCGUCUGCAGAAGUAGGCCGCGCUCUUCGGGCUUUCCUCGGUGUGCCUGAAGAAAACCCUGACCCAACUGUGUCGAGGGUCACCGCCUAUUCCUUGCGAGGGACUUGCUUGGGUUGGGGUGGCAAAUUCGGUUUUGAUGAGGACUUGAAAAGUGUCUUAGGGCGUCACUCUUCUUCAAUCAAGACGACGCAGGCGAUUUACAGCCGAGAGCUUGCAGCAGCUCCCGCGCGGAAGCUGCAAGACAUGAUUCGUGAAAUUGCUGAGGGCAGGUUCUUCCCGGAUAACAGCCGCUCCAGCUACUUCCCGAGCCAGGCGAAACUUAAGUCCAUUCCUGUGCAAGAGCCUGCCGGUAAAGCAGGCCUGAAGCCCCAGCCCGUCAAGAUUGAGAUUUCUAGCAGCGACGAGUCCGUGCCUGGUGAGCAGGAGUCGUCGGAGAGCGAGUCGACGGGGUCGACCUCUUCCUCGUCCGAUGCUGGAGACGCACCACCCGUGGUCAAGCGGUGGAGGCGUGCCAAGGUGGAAGCAUCAGAUCAGGUGUGGUAUGUCCACACCGUCAGUGGGAUGCUGCAUCUCCUGGCAAAUCCGGAGGAUGUGCCAAUGGUGCUCGCAUGUGGGCGGCCUGUGAAUACGAAUUACAGAAAGGCCACGAAGGACGAGGUUUGCAGAGGUGCACACCAGAGGAUCGCAUCAUCAGAGUGCGCGCCGAUAAAAAUGAAAUCGGAGAGCGAAGUGCUCAGAGUGAAUGUGGGUCUGAGCCGUGAGACCCUCAGAACCCCUCUUCCUCAGACAGAGUUUGAUGAUUUCGUUGCAUCGUUGAUUCCGGCAGCCUUGCUGGGGGAGAAGGGGAGUGUCAAGCGGCUGCUGUUCGAAAGCCAAGCCUUGCUGCUGAAUGAUUUGCGAGAGCAAGUUACACAACCUGAUAAAUGGUCGACUAAAGAUGUUCCGAUCGUGGAGCGCCAGAAAAGGAUGGAGGCUGUCAAGGCCAGCAUACCGGGUGUGGUUGUCGAGGGGCCGCUUGAGCCCUCCCAUGGGCUCUUGAAUGCAGCUUGCAGGAUGGAACGAGAGGGGCAGCUUCGCUACAUUGCCCCGGAGCAGUGUGGCACAAGGAUGUAUGAAAUUCAGAACGUGAAAGCCCAGAGCAAAGUCUUGUCUCUGGAGGAAGGGAAGCUUGCCAUCUCUGAAGAAAAGGGUUUACCUGAGGUCGCGUGUGGCUCUGCAUUACUGCUUCAAGAGGCGCUGAAAAGGCGUGGGGUUGCCCUGCAAUUUGCAGGGGUAGCUUCUUUCUUGGCGCAUGAGAGAUACAUCCAGAAGCUGUUUGCGCAUAUGGGGCGAGAGCCCCCACCUGGGCAUUCGAGGACAAGUGUGCAUCAACUGCUGACUGCUGACAGGCAAGUCUGGACUAAGAUGAUUGAGGAUGAGGUUCCUGCCAAGCGGGGUGCCGACGGCCGUCAUCCCGUUGACGAUGCACUGGUGCCUGCUCUUCAGUCUUAUGAAGUGACCGUUUGCUUGCUGCCUCGCGCCGCUGUAGAAAGUAAGAAGAGGCCUGCACCCCCGAAAAAGUUUGCGCAGGAUCGUGACACGAAAACCCCAAAGGGCGACCCGAGCAGAGGUGGAGGCAAGGGCAAUGGUAAAGGUAAAAGGGCCACGUGGCAGCCUAGUGUACCGGAGGGCAUUCGGAAGCUGGGCGGGCAUGCUCAGACGCCGGAUAAGAAGCGCAUCUGUUUUGAUGAACCGAUGCCCGACACCAAUCGGCCAACACUGCAUGGGUCAAAAUCCGUUGAUGCAGUGCCCCCGGCCGAGCAGUUUUGCUUGAAUCGUGUAGGUGCUUAUGCAAAGGGUCCACUACGAGGCCUCAGGCUUGUGCUUCAGUCUUUUCCAGAUGCCGACUUUACUGCAGUUGCAAUUUUUAAGAACCUCCAAACAGCCUUGCAUGUUGAUGUCAACAAUGAUGAGAAUUCUUGCAACUACUUGAUCCCGAUCACCAGCUUCGAAGGAGGCGAGGUGUGGCAGCAAGGGCCAGGUUCUCAUGUGAUGCAAGAUGAGCUGGGCUACGACUUGGUGGGCUCGUUGCUGCCGGUUCCGAUGGCGCGUGCAGUGGCAGGGGCCCAGCCUCCUGCCAGCAAGAUGCCUCCGAUCGUGUCAGAGCAUAAGCAGGUGCCGCCUGAGUGCUGCUCAGCCCAUACGGCUGCAACCCUUGAUGCCUUGGAGAACAUGGAUGAUGCAGAGGUAACCACCCUUCGUGCUGCUGUUAUUAAAGAGUGGAUGCACUUAGCAGUUUCCUUGGCGAAAGAGGAAGAUGCUCUGAAGGCAUCUAUGCACCCUGAUGUCAGCUCGAUCACAAAGAGCAAACGCAUUCUCUUGUGGGAGGCUCUCUUGAAAAAGUACUCCUACCCCGAUCAAAAGGUGUCUGGCCUUUUGAGAGAGGGAGUCCCCCUCACAGGGCAUGCCCCGAUUUCGGGUGUGUUUAAGCCUAAGUUUAAGCCCAUGCAAGCGACUCCCAGCCAGGUUAGAGAAGAUUUUCUUUUCUAUCGGAAAAAGGUUCAUAAUUCCUUAAAGCCCCAGGAACCCGCCUUGAUGAAAGAGGUUGCCGAGAAAACUAAAAAGGAGCUUGACUCGGGCUGGAUCGCAGGGCCUCUGCAUGAGGCUGACCUUGGCAAAGGUAUUUUAGUCAGCAGGCGGUUUGGCUUGCAACAAGGCGCGAAAGUAAGAUGCAUAGAUAAUCUAACGUCGUCGGGUGUUAACUUGGCGGUGCAAGCAUACGAGGCGCCUCAACCUCAGUCCACGGAUGUGGUGGCUUCCACUUGUCAGAGACUUUUGAAACAUAUCGAAAGGCAAGUUGGCAAGAAAGCUUUUGUGCUGCUUGGAAAGGCGUUUGACCUUACUUCGGCUUACAGGCAAAUGCCCGUGCACCCAGAUUCGGCGUGGGCUUCAUACAUUUGCUUUCUUCAUCCAGACACUUCUGAGAGAGUUUACUUCAGGAUGAGGGCUAUGCCGUUUGGCAGCUCGAUGGCUGUUUAUUCCUUCUUAAGGAUAAGUCACUCGCUUUGGUACAUCGGGACCAAGGCGCUCUUGUUGCCUUGGUCGUCGUUUUUCGACGACUACAUUACAUUCGCAACGGCUGGUCGGGCUAAGUCUGCAGAACAUUCGGUCACGGCAAUGCUUCGCCUGUUGGGGUGGGCGUUCGCCGAAUCCGGGGACAAAUCUCACGAGUUUUCUCAGUGCUUCCAAGCUUUGGGCAUUGUUGUGGAUUUAAGUUCGGUCCUUCGAGGUACGGUUUACUUCAAGAACACCGAAAGGAGAGUUUCCGAAAUCAAAUCUUUUGUAAAUAAGGUACUAGCUUCAGGCCGUCUUCCUCACCACGAGGCGCUAAGGUUGAGGGGCAGAUGUCAAUUUGCCGACUCACAAGUUUUUGGCAGGACGGGCAAGAAGUGCCUGAGCUUGAUCACGGCUCAUGCCUUUUCGUUCGUGGAGGAGAUCGGCCACGAGCUGAGAGCAGAACUUCAUAGGUUUGUUCUCAGGCUUGAGAUUGAGGCUCCACGGAUGAUCAAGAUUAUCGAGGGCGGUGCCUGGAAAGUGUAUACCGAUGCUUCUUACGAGCCAGGGGCGAAGAGCAGCUUCUGUGGACUCGGGGGAGUACUCGUGAACCCUAAAGGCGUUCCCUUAAAAUUUUUCUCCUUUGUGUUAAGCGAACCUCAGAAAGUUUUCCUUGGUGAGAAGGUUUCUUCACAAAUAAUUUUUCCCGCUGAGAUGCUUGCACUUGCCAUCGCACUGAAUGUGUGGGGGGAGGACCUUAGAGGUUCCCCGUCCAUACUCUUUGUAGAUAACAAUGGUGUCCGAGACGCUGCGAUCUCAGGUAAUGCCAGAUCCUCUGUCGCUCGAAGAAUCUUGGAGCUAUUGCUGCAGAAGGAAUACGAAUGGUCAAUAGUGCCGUGGUAUGCACGCGUGCCGUCGCCUUCCAACCCGGCGGACGAGCCGUCCCGGGUAGAAUGCAAUCGUUUGUGCUUACUUGGAGCUGAGCUUCGAAAGUCAGAAGUUGCAAGUCUUGUGGAAGCGUGCCUGCAAAAGGUGCAGGGGCUUAAGUAA